AUGCCGUCACGGUUGCGGCAGCUUCUUUCCGGCGAAGGAUCAAUCGGCCCUUCUAUUAGACUCGACACUGAGCCUCCUCCGGAGAUCAAAGCGUUUAUUGAGAAAGUAAUACAGAGUCCACUCGCAGAUAUUGCCUUACCUCUCUCUGGUUUUCGGUGGGAGUACAGUAAGGGGAACUUCCAUCACUGGAGACCUCUCUUUCUUCAUUUUGACAAGUACUUCAACACUUUCUUAUCUACUAGGAAUGACCUUCUCUUGUCUGACAAUAUCUUACAAGACGAGGAUUCCUUCCCCAAGUACACUGUUCUUCAAAUUCUUCGGGUCAUGCAGAUCAUUCUCGAAAAUUGCCCCAACAAGAGUUCCUUUGAUGGCUUAGAGCACUUUAAACUCCUACUUGCCUCCACUGAUCCAGAGGUUCUCAUUGCAGCCCUGGAGACUCUUUCUGCGCUUGUCAAAAUCACCUCAUCUAAGCUCCACAAGAGUGGGAAGCUGAUUGGAUGUGGUUCUGUCAACAGCUUCCUCCUCUCUCUUGCCCAGGGCUGGGGCAGCAAAGAGGAAGGUUUGGGUUUGUAUUCUUGCCUUGUCGCUAACGAGAGAAACCAAGACGAAGGUCUGACCUUAUUUCCUUCCGACUUGGAUAAUAGUCACAACGAAGCUGCUUCUCGGAUUGGUUCUACCGUUUAUUUUGAGUUGCGUGGACAGAGAGUAGAUGAUGAUGGCACAAGUGCUACUUCUUCUUCGAGGGUCAUACAGAUUCCUGAUUUACACUUGAGGAAAGAGGAUGAUCUAGUGUUAAUGAAGGAGUGUAUAGAGCGUUACAAUGUUCCCCCGGUGCUCAGGUUCUCUCUACUGACACGACUCAGAUAUGCUCAUGCUUUUCGUUCUUCCAGAAUCUGCCGGUUGUAUAGCAGGAUCUGCCUACUUGCGUUUAUUGUGCUUGUUCAGUCAAGUGAUGCUCAAGAAGAACUCGCUUCCUUUUUUGCAAAUGAACCCGAGUAUACAAAUGAAUUAAUAAGAAUUGUCAGAUCUGAAGAACCAAUCCCUGGAACCAUUAAAACUCUUGCCAUGCUUGCGUUGGGGGCCCAGUUGGCUGUAUACUCGGCCUCUCAUGAUCGAGCCAGGAUUCUAAGCAGAUCUAGCAUCAGUUUCGCUGUAGGCAACAGAAUGAUUCUUCUUAAUGUGCUUCAGAAAGCCGUGCUGUCUUUGAAGACUUCCAGUGAUCCAUCAUCUAUUGCUUUUGUUGAGGCGCUACUUCAGUUUUAUUUGCUUCACAUUGUUUCAUCAUCAUCAUCUGGGAGCACUAUAAGGGGUUCUGGAAUGGUUCCCACGUUUCUCCCUCUCUUGGAGUAUACUGAUCCGACUCACCUGCAUCUUGUAUAUUUGGCUGUUAAAGCGCUACAAAAGCUCAUGGACUAUAGUAGUUCUGCCGUACCUCUACUCAGGGAUCUUGGGGGAGUAGAGCUUUUGUCUCAGAGGUUAGACUUAGAGGUUCAUCACAUUCUUAAGUUGACUGGGGAGAACAACACUGAUAUGGUAGUUGGUGGAUCUUUGGAAUCGAAUGGUGAUCAGUUGCUCUCCCGAAAGAGACUCAUCAAGGUUCUUUUGAAAUCUCUUGGUUCUUCUACGUAUACUCCUGGAAAUGCGAAUAGGUCUCAAAGUUCUCAGGAGAGUACGUUGCCUGCCACUUUGUCUUUGAUAUACAGGAAUGCAGAUAAAUUCGGUGGUGAUAUCUACUACUCAGCUGUGACAGUUAUGAGUGAUUUAAUCCACAAAGACCCCACAUCUCUUACUUCCCUGUUUGAAAUGGGCCUCCCGGAAGCAUUUCUGUCUUCAGUUGUAUCAGGAAUACUUCCUUCUUCCAAGGCUAUUGCAUGCAUUCCAAAUGGAUUGGGCGCAAUAUCUCUUAAUAGCAAAGGGUUGGAGACGGUAAAAGAAACUUCUGCACUGCGCUUCCUUGUUGAUGUAUUCACUUCCAAGAAGUAUGUUCUAGCUAUGAAUGAGGCCAUCGUUCCGUUUACAAAUGCCGUGGAAGAGCUUUUGCGUCAUGUUUCAUCUCUAAGAGCCACCGGUGUUGAAAUAAUCAUUGAAAUUGUGGAUAGAAUUGCAGGCUUUGGAGAGAGUGGUUCUUCAUCAUCUUCUGUAAAUCCGACUGAGAGUACUGCAAUGGAAAUGGAUUCAGAUGUGGAGAACAUAAAUGCCGUCAGUUAUGAGCAGUUUAUUCAACUCUGCAUCUUUCAUCUGAUAAUUCUGCUCCACAGAACAAUGGAGAAUGCUGAGACUUCUCGUCUCUUUGUGGAGAAGUCUGGCAUUGAGGCGGUACUUAAGCUUCUCUUGCGACCUAGCAUUGCUCAGUCUUCUGAAGGCGUAUCCAUUGCUUUGCACAGCACCAUUGUUUUCAAGGGAUUCACGCAACAUCACUCUGCUUCUCUUGCUCGGGCCUUUUGCACUUCUCUUCGGGAUCAGGUGAAGAAAGCUUUACAAGGACUGCAAGAUCUCUCAGGGGUAUUCUUACUUGAUCGAAAACUUUCUCCAAGUUGUGGAAUUUUUUCUUCUCUUUUCCUUGUGGAGUUUCUUCUGUUUCUAGCUGCAUCAAAGGAUAACCGUUGGAUGACUGCAUUGCUUUCGGAGUUUGCAAAUGGAAGCAAGGAUGUUCUGGAGGAUAUAGGCCAUUUGCACCGUGAAAUUUUAUGGCACAUAGCAGUUUACGAGAGUGCAACGCUGGAAAGUCCAGAUGCUUCUCCAGAGUCGGAGCAAACAGAGGUGUCUAUAAAUGGGACAGAAGGACAAAGAUUUAGUUCUUUUAGACAGUUUCUGGAUCCUUCAUCUCAGAGAAGAACGUCAGGAUGGAGCUCAGAAUCGCAAUUCUUUGAUUUGAUAAAUCUUUACCGUGAUCUUGGACGUGCAUCAACUGGAUUUCAACCACGAGCCAUCACUGAUGGUCCCUCUAGUUCAUCGGACGUUUCUGGUAACAGAGAGCUUGAAAAAGACGGAUCCUAUUAUACAUCAUGCUGUGACAUGGUGAAGUCAUUGUCCUUCCACAUCAGUUACAUAUUCCAAGAGUUAGGGAAGGCAAUGCUGCUCCAAUCUCGUAGGAGAGAAGAUACAAUAAAUGUAUCUGCGUCAUCUAAGUUAGUUGCCUCAAGUUUUGCUUCAAUCUCCCUGGAUCACUUGAAUUUUGAAGGCCAUGAGAUUGCAGCUGAGGCAUCAAGUUCAACUAAAUGUCGCUACCUUGGCAAGGUUGUUGACUUCAUCGAUGCUGUCCUUCUUGACAGGCCUGAUUCCUGUAAUCCUGUUAUGAUAAACCUGUUUUAUGGCCGAGGGGUGAUUCAGACGGUUUUGACAACAUUUGAUGCUACUAGCCAGCUUUUAUUUGCAGUCAAUAGGAACCACUCAUCUCUGAUGGAGACUGAUGAUGUAAAAGGAAAGCAAGAUGAGAAGGAAGAUACAGACCAUGCGUGGAUAUAUGGUCCGCUGGCUAGCUACGGUAAGCUCAUGGAUCAUUUGGUCACGUCAUCGUUCAUCUUGUCACCAUUCACAAAACACUUGCUCGUUCAACCAGUAGAAAAUGGGAAUAAUCCAUUUCCACAAGAUGCUGAGACAUUUGUGAAGAUCCUGCAGUCCAUUGUGUUAAAAGCUGUACUUCCGGUUUGGACUCAUCCACUAUUUACGGAAUGUAGUUAUGAUUUCGUUACUACACUCAUUUCCAUCAUCAAGCAUGUGUAUUCUGGAGUUGAACUGAAAAAUUUAGGUGGCAAUGGUAGCGGUCGUGUGACAGGUCCACCUCCCAGUGAAACAACCAUUUCAACAAUUGUGGAGAUGGGGUUCUCCAGAUCCAGAGCCGAAGAAGCUUUGAGACAGGUUGGAUCUAACAGUGUUGAGUUAGCUAUGGAAUGGCUGUUUUCCCACCCAGAAGAAAUCCAAGAGGAUGAUGAGCUUGCUCGCGCUCUUGCAAUGUCCCUUGGAAAUUCUGAAUCAGAUACAAAGCAGAAUGUUGUAGAUGAAACUCAAGAACAGAUUGAAGCAGAAGUAGUCUCACUGCCACCAGUUGAAGAGCUGAUAACCACAUGUACGAAGCUUUUGCAGAUGAAAGAACCCCUUGCUUUUCCCGUUAGAGACUUGCUUGUAUUGAUAUGCUCAGAAAACAAUGGGGAACACCGAUCUGGUGUUGUAUCUUACCUUGUCAGCCGGAUUAAGGAUUGUUGUCCUGUCUUCGAUGACUCAAAGAGCAAUCUGCUCUCUGCUCUGUUACAUGUUCUUGCUUUGAUUCUACAUGAAGAUGCAGGUUCCCGCGAAGUUGCGCUGAAGGCCGGUGUUAUAAGAAUUUUGUGCGAUGUACUGUCAGAGUGGGAUUCUGGUAGUAUUGAUAAAGAAAAGUUUAAUGUUCCAAAGUGGGUGACGACAGGGUUUCUUGCCAUUGAUAGGCUGCUACAAGUGGACCAGAAAUUAAAAACUGAGCUUAUAGAGGAGUUGCAAAAAGGUGAGACAUCUCUGGCCAUUGAUGAGAGCAAGCAAGACAAGCUGCAAUCUGUUUUUGGCUCUCCACAGCUUGUUGAUGUCGACGAUCAGAAGAAGUUGAUUGAGAUUGCUUGCACAUGUAUCCGGAAUCAGCUUCCUUCUGAAACUAUGCAUGCUGUUCUACAGCUGUGUUCUACAUUGACGAGGAAACAUUCUGUUGCUCUCUGCUUUCUUGAUUUUGGAGGUGUGCAAGGACUGCUUUCUCUGCCGAGUAGUAGUCUUUUUCCAGGGUUUGACUCAGUUGCUGCUAGUAUCAUCCGUCAUGUUCUUGAAGAUCCCCAAACUCUUCAGCAAGCCAUGGAAUCUGAGAUAAAACACGCACUUGCAACACUUUCCAACAGGCACUCAAAUCCGAGAAUCUCUCCACGCAAUUUUUUGUUGCAUGUGAAUUCUGUAAUUGCUCGGGACCCAGUCACUUUUAUCGAGGCAGCUCGUUCUAUAUGCCAAGUAGAGAUGGUUGGUGAUAGACCGUACAUGGUAUUAGUGAAAGAAAAAGAGAAAUCAAAAGACAAAGAGAAGGAUAAGGACAAAAGUGACACCAAGGCAGCUAAAACACACCGGAAACCUCCUCAGUCGUUCAUUUGUGUUGUUGAGCUGCUUCUGGAUUCUAUCUGUAAUUUCAUUCCUCCUUCAAAAGAUGAAAUGGUUGAAGGGGAUACUACUUUGGCAGACAUGGAUAUUGAUCUUGCCUCUACUAAGGGAAAAGGCAAAGCGGUUGAUACUACACCUGAAGAAAAGAAAGCUAAUUCACAGGAUGUGUCAGCUUCAUUGGCUAAAGUUGUUUUCAUUCUGAAGCUUUUGAGCGAGAUGCUGUUAAUGUAUUCUUCCUCAAUCCAUAUAAUACUUCGAAGAGAUACUGAAAUUAACAGUCUUAGAGGUCCUCAACAGAAGAGUGGUCAAGCUGGUGGAAUAUUUCAUCAUAUUCUCCACAAGUUUAUUCCAUACUCAAGGGUGAAGAAGGAAAAGAAAUCUGAGAGUGAUUGGCGACAAAAGCUGGCAAGUAGGGCUAAUCAGUUUCUAGUGGGCGCAUCUCUUAGAUCAGCUGAAUCAAGGAAGAGGAUAUUUUCUGACAUGAGCAGUAUCUUCAGUGAUUUUAUAGAUACCUCCAAUGCGCCUAGACCUCCAGUUAAUGAAAUACACAUUUUAAUAGAUCUGCUGAGUGAUAUGCUCUCUGCUCGGUCACCUACUGGAUCACAUAUAUCUUCAGAAGCUUCAAAUACUUUUGUUGAUGCUGGAUUGGUUAAGUCUCUUACUCGUACUCUUGAAGUGUUGGAUUUGGAUAAUGUAGAAUCUCCCAAAGCUGUAACAGGCAUCUUAAAAGUCUUGGAGUUGGUGACUAAGGAGCAUGCCCGUUCUGCUGAUUCAAACUCGAAGGAUGAAAAUGCGAACAAUUCAUCUGAUCAAAUUCAAGCAGUAAGAGGAGAUACCACUGUUGAAGCAGGGGAAACUAUGCUUCAGUCGAAUCAUGAUUCCAUGACAACUGAUCAUGUGGAAAAUUUUGGUGGUUCCCACACCUAUGUUGGUUCAGAGGAUGUGACGGAUGACAUGGAGCAUGAUCAAGACUUGGAUGAACGUUUUGCCGCAGGUGAGGAUGAUUAUAUGCAAGAAGCCGGCGAGGAUGCCAGGGGGUUGGAAAACAGGAUUGGGUCGAUGGGUAUAGAACUUGAGAUGCAUACCCACGUGCAGGAAAAUCCUGAUGAAGAGGAAGACGAAGAGAUGUCUGGUGAUGAGGGUGACGAAAUAGGUGAGGAUGAGAACGAUAAUGAGGAAGAAGACGAGGAGGACAAUGACUUGGAAGAAGAAGAGGAAGAAGAUGAUGUACAUCACCUACCUCAUCAUGACAUUGAUCAAGAUGAUCAUGAGCUUGACGAUGAUGAAUUUGAAGAGGAAGUACUGGUUGAAGAAGAUGAAGAGGAUGAAGAUGGUGAAGAUCGGGUAAUUCUCAGGUUUGAGGAUGGAGUCAAUGGGCUAAACGUUCUUGAUCAUUUGGAUGUUCUUAGAGAUCAUAGAUUUUCUGAUGAAACACUUCAUGUAAUGCCUGUUGAAGUCUUUGGCUCCAGACGUCAAGGACGAACAACUUCUAUUUACAACCUUCUUGGCAGAACUGGGGAUGGUGCUACUCCUUCACAGCAUCCUCUUUUAACGGGAUCUCCAUCACUUCCAGUGUCGCAAAGUCAAACAGAAAGUAUACGUGAUCUUACUGUUGGAGGUAGGGAUUCCCACGGUAGUUCUUCGUCACGACUGGAUGCUAUAUUCCGAUCUUUGAGGAAUGGCCGGCAGGGGAACCGUUUGAAUUUAUGGGCUGAUGACAGCCAGCAAAUUGUUGGAUCUGGCGCUUCUACCGUACCACAAGGCCUUGAAGAUUUGCUGGGGAACCGUUUGAAUUUAUGGGCUGAUGACAGCCAGCAAAUUGUUGGAUCUGGCGCUUCUACCGUACCACAAGGCCUUGAAGAUUUGCUGGUAUCUCAGUUGAGACGUCCCGGCUCUGAUAAUCCUUCUGAUGAGAAUCCAUCACUUUUGGAACCUCAAUCACAGGCUGAGAGUGAGCAGCCCCAGGAGGCUACUAUCAGACCUGAAAUUUCAAAUGAAAACGCCACUCAUAAUGGAGGUGCCAAUGUGGCUGCCCCCUCUAUCGUUUCGCCAGUUGCAUCUGCUCCCCCGGACACACGUGCCACUGCUACUGAUUCUGUCUCAACCUCGCUGUCUCAGCCAGUCGCGAUGCAAUAUGAUCCAAAUGAUUCAACUGUUCGGGAUGUUGAAGCUGUCAGUCAAGAAAGCGGCGGGAGUGGGGCAACCUUUGGUGAAAGCCUUAGGAGUUUGGAUGUUGAGAUCGGAAGUGCUGAUGGACAUGAUGAUGGUGCAGAAAGACAUGAUGUACAGCCAGCUAUGCGCUCAAGAAGAGCAAAUUUGCCACUUGUGCCAUCUUCAGCUGGGCGAGAAGCUUCUCUCUACAGUGUAACUGAGGUUUCUGAGAACUCCGGUCAGGAGGCUGAGCAGGAUAAUCCACCGGAGGAACAACCAGUUAACAGGGAUGUUGAUUCUAGUUCUAUUGAUCCAGCAUUUUUAGAUGCCCUACCUGAGGAACUGCGAGCUGAAGUCCUUUCAUCUCAGCAAGGACAAGCGCCACAACCUUCUAGCAAUGAACAGCAGAAUUCUGAAGAUAUUGAUCCUGAGUUUCUUGCUGCACUUCCUGCUGAUAUCCGAGCUGAAGUUCUGGCACAGCAACAAGCACAACGGGUUCAACAGUCUCAGGAACUUGAAGGUCAGCCCGUCGAGAUGGACACAGUUUCAAUAAUUGCAACGUUUCCUUCCGAGUUGCGAGAAGAGGUGUUGCUGACGUCAUCUGAUGCUAUCCUUGCAAAUUUAACACCUGCACUGGUUGCGGAAGCAAACAUGCUGCGUGAAAGGUUUGCUCAUCGAUACCAUAACCGUGCACUUUUUGGUACGCAUUCAAGACUUCGUAGAGGGGAGGCAUCCAGGCGAGGUGACGGUGUCAUAUCCGGAAAUGAAGGGAUUGCUUCUCGUAGGUCUGCUGCAAAGGUUAUAGAGGCCGCUGGAGCUCCCCUAGUUGACAAUGAGGCACUCCAAGGAAUGAUUCGUGUUCUUCGCAUAGUUCAGCCUCUUUACAAGGGUCCUCUGCAAAGGCUUUUACUGAAUUUAUGUUCUCAUGGCGAAACAAGGCUUUCCUUGGUUAAUAGAUUCAUGGAUAUGCUGAUGCUCGACACUAGGAAGCCUGUUAACUCUUCGAGUGUUUCCGAACCACCUUAUCGUCUUUAUGCUUGUCAAAGCAAUGUAACAUAUUCACGUCCUCAGCACUUCGAUGGGGUUCCUCCUCUAGUGUCUCGGCGUGUACUUGAGACGUUGACAUAUCUGGCACGAAAUCAUAUGUACGUAGCAAAGAUUCUGCUUCAGUCCAGGCUUUCCCUGCCUUCCUUUCAAGGUUCAGAACCCUCAGACAAGGCACGUGGAAAAGCUGUUGUAGUAAGUGAUGAUGAUCACAUGGGCAGAACGCAGCAGGAACCGGAAUCUGUAGCCUUUGCGUUGCUUCUUAGUCUCCUGAACCAACCCCUAUAUUUGAGAAGUGUGGCUCAUCUUGAACAGCUGCUGAACUUACUGGAGGUCAUCAUUGACAACGCUGAACGAAAGUCUGAGUCUGCUGACAGAUCAGAUGGGUCUGCCAGCGAGCAGCAGUCAACACAGCAAGCAUUAGAAGUUGAAAACAAUUCAGAAAACCAAGAUAUAGUACCUGGCACAGCUGAUACAAUGACCAAACCAAUUGUCUCAUCUGGAAGUUCGUCAACCAGAGCAGAGAGUGAAUGUGAUGUUCACAGUGUGUUGCUAAAUCUUCCCCAGUCAGAGCUGUGUCUGCUUUGUUCAUUGCUUGCACGUGAAGGUUUGUCAGAUAACGCAUACACCCUUGUAGCGGAGGUGCUGAAAAAACUUGUGGCCAUUGCUCCAAGCCAUUGUCAUCUGUUUAUUACUGAGCUUACAAAUGGAAUUCAGAACCUGACAAGAUCAGCGAUGAGUGAACUUCACAUGUUCGGUGAAGCCGUAAAAGCGCUUCUAAGUAGCACAACAUCGGAUGGAUCAGCAAUAUUGAGGGUUUUGCAGGCAUUAAGUUCCCUCAUUGAUUCGUUAAUCACAAAAGGGAAAAACAAUUCAGAAGAGCAAGUUGCGGUGUUUUCUCAGCUAUCGAACAUCAAUUUGGCUUUGGAACCUCUGUGGCUGGAGUUGAGCAAUUGCAUAUGCAAAAUAGAGGGGCAUUCUGAUUCUUCUUCUGUUGCUACGUCUCCAUCUUCGAGUUCAGCAACAAGGGGAGCUGGAGUAAGCCAGUCACUUCCUGCUGGUGCCCAAAACAUCUUGCCUUAUGUAGAGUCGUUUUUUGUUACGUGUGAGAAAUUGCAUCCAUCAUCACAGUCUGGUUCAGGUAAUAAUGAUACCUCGGUUCCCAUGGCUUCUUCUGAUGUUGAGGAACAGCCCAAGGGGGGUCCAGGACCAAGCAGCAGCUCCAACUCCAAAGUGGACGAGAAAUAUGGUUCUUUUAUCAAGUUUUCUGAAAGGCACAGGAAACUACUCAAUGCUUUCAUCCGACAAAACCCUGCUCUGCUUGAGAAGUCGUUUUCACUAAUGCUCAAGGUUCCACGUUUUAUUGAAUUCGAUAACAAACGUGCGUACUUCAGAUCAAAGAUAAAACACCAGCAUGACCAUCACCAUAGCCCUUUGAGAAUCUCAGUGAGAAGAGCCUACAUUCUUGAAGAUUCAUACAACCAAUUGCGAAUGAGGUCAAUGCAAGAACUGAAAGGCAGGUUGACUGUUCACUUCCAAGGAGAAGAAGGUAUUGAUGCUGGUGGGCUUACGAGGGAAUGGUAUCAGCUAUUGUCAAGGGUUAUUUUUGACAAAGGAGCUCUUUUGUUCACAACCGUUGGCAAUGACUCGACUUUCCAACCGAAUCCAAACUCUGUUUACCAGACAGAGCACCUCUCCUACUUCAAAUUCGUUGGUCGUGUGGUUGGAAAAGCUCUGUUUGAUGGUCAACUACUUGACGUCCAUUUUACUCGUUCUUUUUACAAGCAUAUCUUGGGAGUUAAGGUCACGUACCAUGACAUUGAAGCCAUAGAUCCCGAUUACUAUAAAGCCCUGAAAUGGAUGCUGGAGAAUGAUAUUAGCGAUGUCCUAGAUCUCACUUUUAGCGUUGAUGCUGAUGAGGAGAAGCUAAUACUGUAUGAAAAGACGGAGGUGACUGACCAUGAACUGAUCCCUGGAGGCCGGAACAUUAAAGUUACAGAGGAGAAUAAGCAUGAAUAUGUAGACCUGAUCGCUGAGCAUCGAUUAACCACAGCCAUUCGUCCUCAGAUAAAUGCAUUCCUGGAAGGGUUUAGUGAACUCAUCCUUAAGGAUCUAAUAUCGAUCUUUAACGACAAGGAACUGGAGUUAUUAAUAAGUGGUCUUCCUGAUAUCGACUUGGAUAAUCUGAGGGCGAAUACUGAAUAUUCUGGGUACAGUCCUGGAUCCCCUGUUAUCCAGUGGUUCUGGGAGGUUGUUCAGGCUUUGAGCAAAGAAGACAAAGCCCGUCUAUUGCAGUUUGUGACUGGAACCUCUAAGGUUCCUCUUGAAGGAUUUAGUGCUCUUCAAGGGAUUUCAGGGGCACAGAAGUUUCAGAUCCACAAGGCAUAUGGAAGCGUUAAUCACUUGCCGUCUGCUCAUACCUGUUUCAAUCAGUUAGAUCUGCCAGAGUACCCGUCGAAGGAACAUCUGCAGGAGAGGCUGCUGCUUGCAAUCCAUGAAGCAAGCGAAGGAUUCGGAUUUGGUUAA